AUGGAACCAGGAAAUGAUACACAAAUUUCAGAAUUCCUUCUUCUGGGACUUUCAGAGGAACCACAGUUGCAGCCCCUCCUAUUUGGGCUUUUCCUCUACAUGUACCUGAUCACUGUGUGUGGAAACCUGCUCAUCAUCCUGGCCACCAUCUCAGACUCCCACCUGCACACCCCCAUGUACUUCUUCCUCUCCAACCUGUCCUUCGUAGACAUCUGCUUCACCUCCACCACCGUCCCAAAGAUGCUGGCGAACAUCCAGACACAGAGCAAGGUCAUCACCUAUGCAGGCUGCAUCACCCAGAUAUGUGUUUUUACACUCUUUGCAGGGGUAGAUGAUUGUCUCUUGACAGUGAUGGCCUAUGACCGGUAUGUGGCCAUCUGUCACCCCCUGCACUACACGGUCAUCAUGAACCCCUGGCUCUGCGGAAAGCUGGUUCUAGCAUCCUGGAUCAUGAGCCUCCUGUAUUCCUUGUCACAAAGCUUAAUGGCAUUGCGGCUGUCCUUCUGUACACAUGUAGAAAUUCCCCACUUUUUCUGUGAAAUUAAUCAGGUGAUCCACCUUGCCUGCUCUGACACCCUCCUUAAUGACAUAGUGAUCUAUUUUGUAGCUGUGCUGCUGGGUGGCGGUCCCCUCAUUGGGAUCCUCUACUCUUACUGUAAGAUACUUUCCUCCAUUCGUGCCAUCUCAUCAGUUCACGGGAGGCACAAAGCCUUUUCCACCUGUGCCUCUCACCUCUCAGUUGUCUCCUUAUUUUAUUGUACAGGCAUGGCUGUGUACCUUAGCUCUGCUGCGACCCACAGCUCACACUCAAGUGCAGCAGCCUCAGUGAUGUACACUGUGGUCACCCCCAUGCUGAACCCCUUCAUCUACAGUCUGAGGAAUAAAGACAUAAAGAGGGCCCUGAAGGUAUUCUUUGGAUGGAAAUUCUCAGAGUUCACGUUGCCUCCUUUAAUCACUGUCAAAAUUGAUGACCAGGUUCAGACUCUGUGGUGCAGCUACACAGAGCUGGAAGCCACGUGA